CACAGCCAGUCACGCACAAGGCCAUGUCACGCUCGGCCUGCUCAGCUGCUUCAUGGCACACCAGUGCAUUGACUGGUCGCACAAUCCGCCAGCCAGGAAAUUAGACGUGCUCGUCCUGAGUCAUGGAGAUACACACGUCUACACGAUCGUCCCAAAGCUGUUCAAGGACCUCGACAGGCUCGCCAGAGAAGAGUUUAGUCUACCAGACGAUGCAGACAUCGAAUUCCGCUCUUCAUGCAUCAAUCUGUGCAGCGUUGGCAUCCCCGCACGCAUUGGGGAACACGUUUGGGAAUAUAUCAGUUCGUUCAUCGGAUGCAUUUCUGUCAUCGCACGAGGGCCGACCGGGAAGUGUGCAAAGGAGUCAGAAGCCAUGUCCCACCCCUCCCCGCCGCCUGCGGAGCAGUCUGUCAACGUCCCCAUGCACGAUGGGUAUUCCAAACUACCUAUGGACGGGAACGAAGGAUACGAUGAUGUAUAUCCAACCGCUGGCAGUGGAGGAGCACAAGAUGACAUGGAUCUACUCCUCGAUGAAAGCAAUAUCGAGAAAAGAGAAGAAAUCAGAAACGGAAAACGUCGUGUAGCUAGCCCGGUUGAGAACUCGAAGACGACGGACGACGAAAAGGAUGCACAUGGUACUGGGUUCGUUUUGAAAAAGCGUCGAUCCCGACAAUUGUUAGAGAAUGUCCCAGAAAGCGAAGACGAAGAGCCAGCGUCGAGACGACGCAGGAUUUUCAGAGCUAGCCAGGAGGAGACCAGUCCGUCCAGUAGCGACCAGUUCGGGAUGAAAGAACACUACACAAGAAGUAAACAUCGGGCGCCGAGGUCCCCAACCAAACCGCGGCGCGGAACUGCUGAGGAACAUGAGUCCACGAAUAGCAUGAGGUUUGACAGCCAGAAGGGAGCGGCUUCGCAGUCGCGAAGCAGGUCCGUAAAAGAUGAUAAAACAAUUGUGAAUACACCGUCUACAACUGCAUACAGAGGAUUAGAACCGGAACCAGUGUUCACCCAACCAACACGAGGAACGCAACAAGAGGGACAGGAACGGAUGUAUAUUAUUGUUGCACAUCGCCCUUCGAAGCAGGAAUCCAAGUUUGCUGUCAAGGGCUCGACCAAAGUGUCGAAAGUCAUCUCGAGUGUGUGCAAGUCCUUUAGCUUGCAUGCCGCGCAGGCCAGGCUGUUCCUUAUUGUAGAUACGACUGACGACGAUGGAAUCAUGGAAAAUCUAUUCCCGUGUGAUGUGGACGAUUCGAUGACGAGGGCUGGCGCGGAACCCAGCGGCGAGUCCAAGUUUUUACUGACGCUCCCUGAUGAUCCAUGAUCACGUGAAGCGGUACCAUGGACGUUCCACUGAUGCCGAUGUUGACGCUUGGGCAGUGCGCGCAGCGCAGUGCCAAAGAUAUGUAUCCCCCCCUGUGUUGGUGUUCCGUAUAUCUGGCUGCCGAUCAUUGUAAUCUAUUAUCAAGUUAACAAAUACUGUCUAUUGUGUUCCCUGUCCCGCCAGGCCAAGCAUCUCGAGUACAGCAUACACAAUGUUCUUGAUGUUGCGGCUUUCCGAGGCAGGCAAAUCAGCGACAAUGCGCAUAUCCCCAUGCGAAUGUUCCAACGACGUAUGGUUGCCGUAAGCUACGUAUGGUGGCGUGAACAAGUCGUGCUGGUUAUUUU